UUUUAGACAUGUCAAGAAACUCAAGAACAAGCAUUGUUAGAGAGCCUGGAGAGCACAAAGUGACAUUCACAGUAACAUUAGCUUGUGCAGUUCAAGCAGUUGACAGCGAUGCACCAGUUAUUGAAUCUAAGAAAGGUAAACGACUUGCAGUCUAUGAGGCACCAAAAGCGUAUCAUUAUUUUCACCUGGAAUAUAAGUUGAUGCCAGAUGACAUUGAGCCAGUUAAAACAGAUGUGGUUAUGUAUGGUGUGGCAGCAAAGAUCUAUAAUGAAAAUGAUUCCAAAGUUAUCAAAACUUGGAAAGAAGGAGAAAAAAUAUGGAUAGCUUGGACCCAAAAUGUAUCGAUGUGGAUCACCAAAGAACUUCUGCUAAAUAUCUUCGAACAUUCACUUGAGCUUCGUAUUUGGGACUCAAAAGAUAAGGUUUCCGCCCGUGCGCGGUUUGAUCGCCCUAAGGCGUUCCGAUUGCCUGCAGGAAUGGAAAAUGAAGAGGAUGCUGGGGACCAGGAUAAAAACUCCAACGUCAAGGCUCUGGUUCUUAAACAGUCGCUCAGUCAUGCGCAGUUACAGCCAAAAGAAAGUCGUGAAAUGAGAGGUGAACGUCUUGCAAGAACCACGUCAGGAACAACAGGGCGACUUCAAGAAUCUUUAUCGCCAGAUGAAGAGUUGAGAGCAACAACGGCACCAACGGGCUCAACUUGCGUAAAAUCACCAGCUCCAUCAGCUGUGACAAAGGCCAGUGAACUUGCAAAAGUUCAAGUGAGGAUAAAUGAUGAAAGUAGUAAAAGUCACUGGCUUCGCAUUGCACAACUUGCUGGUUUAGGAAAACCUUUUUCUGAAAACGAAAUGACGCAGUUAUGUGAAAUGGUAGAUACAAGGAAACGGACUUCUUUUGAAAACGAAAGAAAGAAAAAGGUUAAGGUUGAUGAAAUGGAAAAGGAAACAAAGGUAACAAAACGUAAAUCAAAGAGAGAAGAGCAGAAACAAACCGUGUUGGCAGCAUUUACUCGAGUCCAUGGCAUUGCAUCGAUCAAACUUCGCCUUUGUUUACUCUUUGCUGGGACGAAGUCCAUCACUGAACGCCUUGGCUGUAAAGUGAACGGAAUCGAAGAUCUCAUGGUCACAGUAUCACUUGAUAAGCCGUUAUUGUCAGACGAACAAAAGAAGGAUCUUAAUCCAAUGCUUAUAAAACUUUGUUCUGUAAAAAAUCUGCCAAACAAACCAUUGUCUUACGAUGAACUGGACGAAAAAUGUGUUCCAGUAUUUGCGCAGUACAAGUUCUUCAAAGAGCCAGUUCACCGUACACUAGGCUAUCCGCAUGGUCGCAGUGUAGUUUGGGAAGAUGUAAACGUGGUUUUGCUGGGUGCGUUGGAUCAAGGGGAACUUCAGGAGUAUUUGCAGGGUCCACCAGUACAUAUAGAGAUACAUGAUAGGGAUAGAAAUAAUGAUGUGAAAAAAGUCAAAGCAGAUUUGUUUGGGGAUAAUCCUGAGGAUGAGAUGAUCAACAAUGUCAGCUUGGUUGCAGGUCGUCGAACUACUCACAAUCCAUUCAAAAGUAAAGAUAAAGCAUGGGACCCAUACGGCGUGGCAAAAUUGGAUCUUUCCGAGCUACUUCUUGGCCAGCGUUAUUUGUAUAUGUGUAUUCCUGUCCACAACUGUUCAAGCCCUGAUCCAACUAUCGGUCACGAGCGUCCAGGCGGAUCCAUUGUUGGCCUUACGGGCAGCGUUGAUGGUCCAGAAGAAGAGCCGUUACCUUCAGCAAAUUAUAUCGAAGCGGGAAGUGAGUUGAAAAUAAAGAUAGAAGUAGGAUAUCCUAUUACGACCAUUGCUGACGUAAGGAAAAGAGUGACAGAGCCUGAUAAAGUUAAAAUACCAGACGAGUGUCCAUUUGCCAGAGUAAUCUACAUAUUUGAUUAUACGAACACAACUUUUUUGAAAGAAAUUACGAAUGAGGUAACACUGAUUAAUGCGACAGCCUUGGAACUGAUGAAUCUGCCAGAGCAUAUCAUCGAUGCUGCUUUGUCGACUUAUAAAUUAUCUGAAGAGCAAAAGGUCUCAAAGAUUUUGAAUAUCAUCACUGGAUUUCAAAUUAUCGAUGGCAUUCGACAUAUCUUUGUCCUUGAAGGUUUAAGAGAUAAAGGAAUCAAAGAUUUGGUUCAAAACUUACCAUUGGACAAAUACGACAACGGUCCUGGAUCAGUGAAAGUUCUGUAUAAAUCAGACAUGACAUUCUCUGAGAGACUUUACGUGGUCUUGGAUGUUGAUCUCUGUCGAGUUCGUUUACAUGAUUCGCUGACUAACAUCACUCAAAAGCCGUUGCUGUAUGUUCGUGAUAUCGUUCCACGACCUUGCUUCGAGGGCCUCACUAGACUAGAUAAGAUCCUUAAUGCCACGAAACUACGCGAGAUAGUAAAAAAUGAUUUGUUCCCAACACCGGAGAUGAUCUUGUCUGUGAGUCGCGAGUUUGGUAUACCAUUGACUGCAGAAGAUUUUGGAGAGGCAGGAUUGGGUGAGAAUUUCGACUGCAUGGUUGACAUUCACGGCGAUGGUUCGCAAGAAUCUGUAGAAACCAGACGUCGAAUUUGGACACCAUUGCAGUUAAGAAAUCCCGAAUACCUCGAGACCUUGAAAACUCGAGAGAGUAAUAAUCGUGAUUUUAUCAUGGAGAAUAUUCUCCGUACCCAGUCUAAGAAUCCUCAUCAAAAGCUUGAUAGUAUUGCUGUCAGUAAGACGGAACUAGAAAACAGCAUUGCUCAUAACUAUAGUACACAGUCCUUGAAUUCCACCGAACUUUCAAAACGAAAACUGAAGGAAAUUCUUAGCAAGGAUCCAAGUGGUGUUUAUACAUACUGUUCAGACUAUAACUCAGCCAGCAUAGAGAACUCAGAGGAAAGCGCCACUCAGAUUAACAGAGAAGAAGAAAAACAAAAAUGGCUGACAUCAGACGGCUUCGUUGUUUCCAGUUCAAAAACUGCUUUGGAAUCGAACCGCCAUCCACAGAAACCAGACAAUGCUCGUGUCUUGGAACUGAGCAAGCCGUGGAGGGAAAAUGUUCUUCAUGCUAACGUUUUGAAACCUACAGUUGACCGAAUCAAAUUUCCAUGGAAACAUCGCGAUAAAGAUUUGGACACAAUCACCCAGCCUGCUGAACCAAAAUUCAUCGAAUCAAUCCAUCUUUAUGGUGAUCCUCGCGAGCAAGAGAAACGGGCUGCAGCACAAACAGAUAUGCGCGAAUGGGAAUCGCGAAUUGUCGUCGACGACGUACGUUUCCGAACCCACCGAUGCCUUCCAAGGACUGAACUGACCGAAAAGGGUGCAAAAUCUGCAUGCGCACUUACGAAGCUAGAAGAUGUUUUAAAAGACCCGCCACAGAAAUUCUCAUUGAAAGAGAGGAAUUUGAGACUGGAGAAAAUUCCUCCGCUAGGUACUCUAGUGGGUGGGGUUGAGAGGAGAGGGGAAGAUGAGAUGAAGCAUGAAGGGUAUAAACCUGGCCCUCUGGAAGAGCGGAGUUGGUUGAUAGAAGGAAAUAGAAUACCUUGCGUAGAUGGGGAAAAAGAAACGAAGAUUGAUAACAAACACGAUUUCAAGUUAGUCUUCAAGACAAAAUCCAACACAUAUCAUCGACCCAUUAAACCACUAUCGCCCCACGAGAGAGAAAAUCAUUUAUUUCCAAAGAACAUGGAUCCUGUAAGCCCAAUAGGCCAAUCUUCAAAACUAAUGAAUACGACUGACACUUGAGAGAAAUUUCUGUAAUAAUUAUA